AUGACCAACUACUAUGCAGCCACUGCGGGGGCUGCGGUGCUUGGGAAAGUGGUGCCGCACAGUGCAGUAGACGAGUUGCCUGUGGCUGGUAGCUACGAGGCUCACUACAACUUGGCUUGUAAGGCUAUGGCCUGUGGAGACUUUGCCCGUGCCAAG